CCGGCCAGUUUAUAGUCCUCCGUAAAGUGCUGUACUUAUGCUGCGUUCGAGUAUUCUCUGCGAACCGACUCGGAUCUCGGAUCUGACGCCACGCCCACACUUAAAGCGUUUUAUUAUUUAGCUCGGUCGUUGGAGGAAAACAUGGACCCGGAAAGCUGUUGUCGCGGUAGCAUUGGCAGAGGACCAGGCGCUCCAAAAUAAGUAGGCUAUAGGCCAUAGUCAAGUCAAGUCAAGUUUAUUUAUAGCACAUUUAAAACAACAGUAGUUGACCAAAGUGCUGCACACGAAUACAAUAUAUUUGUGUACAUAGGCAGAGAUACGGACGCAGUAAGGUAUUGCAGUAAUACGAGUGAUUGAAAUUACUAUUUUAACUAGGGCUGCAACAACGAAUCGAUAAAAUCGAAAAAAAUCGAUUACUAAAUGUCGUUGUGUCGCGCGAUUAAUAAGUUACUCAUAGGCGCAGCACUGUUUACAGCCAGCCGCCGCAAGGUUGGUUCACGGUGCAUGCACGCCCACAGCGAGCUUCAGUGUGAGCUACCACAGCUUGUAUUUGUCAUAUCUUAAAACUGGACUGUAGGCCUACAUAAAAGUGUUGUACCUUCACUGUCUCUAGGUUAAAAAAAACUCCUUCAACUCAGUAUCCGUCUAGUGGUCCAACCGAAAAUUCUGUCAGCUGCUGCUGCUGCAGACGUUGUGCAGACGGGCUCGGAGUCGGCACCGCGUGCAUCAACAGUCAUUCAAAGCAGCGGUAGUAAUCACACAACCGGACGGUGUAGAAAGUCCCGUCAGUUAAAAAUAGUAAAGCCGUUUUUAAAUCCAUGUUAAAAUCGGCAGGAUAUAGAGAUAGUUAGCUUAUAAAAACAACUAACCAAUGGUCACAAACAGUGUCAAAUGUGAUGUGUUCAGGUCGGCUCAGAAAUACGAUUGAUGCGUUCAAAUGCAGCAGAAAAAAAAAAAGAGAUUUUGGUGAAGACUUGUUUUCCCAGUAAUAUAAAAUAGAUAGUAAAGAUAGAAUUAAUUAUGACCUGUUUAAUGUCCUAUCUUGAACUAUCAUCAUCUUAUCAGCAAUUAAAGCAAUAUGACAAGUUCUAUUUCAAGGAGUCUCGAAAAUGGUAUCAAUAGGUUUGACCGGUUAACCAUGGACAUCCCUUAUAUACAUAUAAAAGUAUAUCAUACAUUGUAUGUUUCUUUUUUGUGUUAUCCCAGUUAUGUUUUCUUAAUCUUUUUAUUAUUUAAUAUUACUUUUAAUAGUUCCGGGACGUUGGAGCAAUAACCUGGUGUUUUUACAUUUCAGUCUGCACUGUGAAUUUGAAGUAAUAAUUCCGUUUUUGAAUAAAGAUGCGGCAAUUCCAAUUUUAUUUUUAUUUUUUUCUAUCCGAUUCAUCGAUUAAUCGAUUAUUAAAAUAAUCGUUAGUUGCAUGGAUACCCCGGACCCCCCUAGAGGGAUAAUAUCCUUCUCACCUUUUUCACCCCUGACCCGUUUUCAUGCCUGAAUGUAAAGAUGCACACCAUUUAAAGGUCCCAUGGCAUGCUACUUUAUGAAUGCUUUAUUAUAGAUAUUAGUGGGCCCCUAACACAGUAUUUGAAGUGUCCUGAAAUUCAGCCGUGUUGCAGAAUUACAGCUACUACGAGCCAGUCGUGACAUUUCAGUGUCUGUAGCUUUAAUGCAAAUGAGGAGGAGAGAGGCGGGUCAAGGAGGAGGGUGGGGAUAUGGCCCUGAGCAGCUUGCGGCCACGGUACCAUGCGCUCUGUUUACAGUGGAUGUAUCGCAAUGGCGAGGCGCACACAGCCUUUGGCCGUGUUCUGUAAAUAUUCUAUUGCCUCGCGGCGAUGGUGCCUCGCGGUGGCGGGCAGCGGGGCUCCGGCGGGAGACAUUCGCGGGCAACAAUCCCUUUCUCCUCCUUGUCGCGGUUCAUUUACUUCAGGGCAUCAAAGCCAAAGUUUCUUUCCCCCAAAUUCCUACUCAACCAUGGCUGAAUGGGUGGACGGCGGAGCCGUCCCUCCAUUGACUUCAUUUGUAAAGAAAAAUAUUUUUAAGUAGAAUAUCUUAAGUAGGCCUAUAAAAUAUUAAAAAAUCUGAAAAGAAGUGUGCGAUUCCAAGCAAAUCUGAACAUUUAAAAAUUGGAAUGGAGUCAUAGGACUCAAAGGCACGACUCAAAGGUAGAACUCUGUGUAGAAAGAAUGGCCAUUACUAGUAGACAGGUCAGUACACAGGGAAUCUUUUGACAAUCAGGCAAACAAUCCGGCAGGGAGAAGGCAAAGAUGUAGUCGGGAGUAAACGGACAGGAAUCAGAAAACCAGGGAAAAACGAUGGGAAACACACUGACUAAACUCACUAGGAGGGGAAUGUUAAUGAGGGAAGAGUGAACACAAUUAAGGCGAGUGAGGACAAUCAGAUAUACGAGAAAGAUAAGGACAGGGAGUGAAACAAUCAACAAAGGGGGCAAGAUGUGACAAUUAAUUACAAACUGUUCAACAAAUGUAUCCUUCAAAAUAACUUAUGCAUUUCAUAAUGAUUAAUGAGAAACCAAAAUGUUGGCAUUCAAGAUGAAUGCACAGAAAUAAUACUGAAAAAUGUCAUGUCAGGAUAAUGCUACCACACACACUUGGCACUAGUGCAAAUUCAUAUGUAAAAGUGGACGACUAAUGGAGACAGGUCCCAGGACAUGCCUUGCGUUGGAGCUAGGUCCUCAGCACCUGCUCUUGACUUUCUUAAUUUGAGCUUUGAUUUACGACCAGAUCUUGUUUUGGCUGGAGAUGUUUGUGCGUCAGCCAUCUUGAGCGGAGUCAGACCUGGAGAUGGAGGGGUCAUUGAUGGAACGUCUGCAGUUCUACAUUCAGGAUCAGCAUGCUCUGGUGGUGAUGGCAUGGAGAACUGGAUGUUGCCUGGAGGGAAUUGGGAUAGCAGAACAUCGGUGAUGGGCUCUGCAGCUUGAUUGAAUCGGUUUGGCGUCUGGUGAAAGCUUCAGGUCUACUUCUCCCUCAAAAACACCAAGAUUGCCAUCAAACAUUUCAGCCUGGAAUAUCCCUUUCAGGUCUGUAACAGGAUUAGCUGUUCUCUUGCCUAGUGGAAGAUGUCGCUCCCACUUGAACUUCAGAGAUCUGUAGUUGACUGCAUUCUCAUCCAUAAUGUGGACCACUUCCAUACUAAGCAUCCGCUGCAGUUAUCCUGAAUUGUCAGCUAGCUCACCAUGAGCACACAUCUGCACCUGUUACACCUCCAAGAUGUGGCUGGCUUGGUAAAGAUCUUCUUGAGAAGGUCCCAUUUCUUUCAACCUUGUGACCACAGCACCAGUGUCUGGUUUCUGGGUGCCAAAACCUAAUUGGCUCUACCUCUGAAAAGGCUGAUGGAGACGAUGCCAACGUCAUAGGACAAUUCUUAAUCUUCCUAAUCAGAGUCUCUUUCUUCCUCAAUAGUGUUUUGGCUGUUGAGAUUGUUCUAUGAACUUUUCUAUUAUCUGCAUGUCCUCUCAAAAGGUCCUUUCUUGUUGCAUAAAUUGCAUUGAGUUAAGUAACUUUACACAUUGACAUGACUUUUUCUCAUCAGUGGAACUUCCUCUGAUUUUAUGUGUUUUUGUCAUUUGGAUCCACCAUCUCGUAUUGAGCUACUCACGUAUUGAGGAGAAAUUGUUCAAUCUUUGGUGUGUUGUGGAAACACAGGUUCAGUUUCUUUGCAAACCCUGCUCCUUGUAUUGUCCUCUUGCUUGAAAAUUACAUUGUUUAGGGCAAGGUACUAAUUGGCCAAUUGUGGAGAUAUAUUGAAUGCUGGUCCUCUGAGGGGGGAGCUGCUGUCUAUAUAGAGUGGCACCAUUCUGCUAUAUACUUAUAGUUCUGUUGUUGGAACGCUCUUGGCAGGCACUCAUUAUUUUAAAACUUGUUAACUCCGGGGAACUCCGCCUACCAACCACUAAAUGUUGGCAAACAAUCCUUUAAUUAAUAUUUAAUUAUAUAUCCUGAUUAAAAACAAAAUACAUAUCAACAAAAUAUAAAAUGUAUUUAGAAGAUGAAGUUACGUCAAAAUGAUUAUUUUUGCUUGAGGUUUACUCGAGUACACGUUUUACUUUUGAUAACAAGCAACCAACACGGUCAUAUCUGUGAGUGGUUAAUGUUAUUUAGAGAGAUGUUCCAGUUGAUAUUUGAUGAAUGGUUACAUAUAUACAUAGAUAAUUUAUGGUUACAUAAUAGGCAGGAGGCGAACCUCCGUUCAGACAGAGUCUACUUGUGCUCUGUUGUUAAUCUCAGACAUGCUGAAGUGCGUUCGCGUAAACAACAGAUGUCACUGGUUAACCUUCAACCAUCGAUGUUUCCCACAGAGCCUCCCCACACCAUCACUGGAAAUCUUAAAACAACCUCCUCACAACUGAGGCCUGGCGUGCCACAGGACUUGACAUGGGGAGACCCUGGUUCUGUGUUAUAUCUGUGUUAUAAAGGUUUGAUGAUGCGCUUUCAAUACAAAACUUAGAUUUAAGAGUGCGGCAGGGAUGACGUACAUCUUCUGUUCUGGACUUCCGAAAGACCAGGUGCAUUGCCGCCGUAGCAGCAAUGCACCUGGUUACCAAUCCGGUGAGCUGCCGUGUUUCUAUGCUCCAACCCAGUCAAAUAAAUGGCUGUUUUGGCUAACUUUGUUUCUGCAAGAGGUAGAUAUCUCAUCAUGGAUGUGUCAUACCUGGGACCCAGGGGUACCUGUGCAUGAUUUUUUUGAUGUUCAGCCAUCUGGAAAGAUCAUGAAGAUAAAGGAAGCAUUAGAGGAAAUGGGCAAAGAUUGGCCGGCGGUUUAAAGUUGGAGGAUUAAGAUAGAAACCACAAUGCUGGCAUGUGGACAACUUCCUUUGUAUGUAAGGGGCAAAGUUCAAUGGGGCCCGUGGCUUUAAACAUGUUUUUGUGUAUUUAGCUUGUAACUUUUUCUUCAAAUUAGAUAGAGGUCUGAUUCUCAUGUAUGCAACUAUUGAUCCAUGCAUUGGAUCAAUAGGUUUGGGAAUCUGUUCCAAAUCUCGGAAGCAGGCCGUUGGCUGAGCCAUCAGGAGACGGAGCGUUAAAUGGUGCCCUUCUUUCAUAUGAAUGUUUUUAAAAGCCUACUUUCAUAUGAAAGAGAACCCAGGUCUCUCGCUCUCUCCAAGUCUCCUUGAGCCCUAGAUCACCUUAUAUUGGUGUCACUUCCUGUAGUACUAAAGCCUCCAAAGUUUUCAUUGAUUAGACCAUAAUGCCCUUAUUCAUAUUUAAGAGACCAGUCGUCUUUAUCUGACUCCCUAUUAAUUCUAGGCCCCCAUAAAUUGUGUUUUUUCUUUUCUUUUGAUGGUCUCUCAGUGGGGGAUUACAUCACUUCCUGUAAAUCUAAAACCACCAAAUAGAUAAUCUUGUCUUUUACUUUAACCCAAAGAUUUACCCACGUUCUAGCACAACUCUUCUCAUGUUGUUUUCUUUAAAAGAGGAUCUGCCCUUAGGUUGGGGAGAAUCUUGUACAAUCUCAGUUGAUCCUGUUGUCUUGCUUCCAUGGCUGCAACACGCUUUGUUUGUGUGGCAAAAUGUUUCAAUCUGGCAACCCAGGGCACUCAGAAUAUUGAGUGGGUUGGCCUGUGCGUUAUUAGUGUUCCUAAUAACGCACAGGCCAAAACAAGCACUGUUAUUGGAGAACCCAGUAUUUUGAAUAUGCCUGUUUCCUUAUUCUCUGAUGAGUACAUGGUCAUUUAAUCAUUUAGUAAAGUACUUUUGUACAUAUUAUACCUUUAACUAUGGGGUGCUUCAAGGCUCAUUCCAUGGCAAUUUAAUAUUAUCCAUUUAUAUGUUAGUUCUAGGACUAAUCUUUCAUAAAUUCAACAUCAGUUUCCAUUUUUACUCCCAGAUCUAUUUCUUGCACAACUGCCAUAAUGUAAUCGUGUUUUACUGAUUUCUGAAACCACAAUACCAAAGAUAAAAACGUUUGCAUUAACAAACAACCUAAACAUAAUAUGCAUUCAAUGAGCAAAGAUUCUGAAAAAAAAGAGAGCAUAAUUUCUGGCUUAUGAAAACACAGUUGUCAAUUGUCUUAACUCUCUUGAAAUAUUGCAUUUCCAUUUCAAUGGAAAGGAAAGUCAGCCAUUUCUUUCCACAGAUGGAAACCUUCUUGUCCAUUGGUGGUUUUUCUCAUGGGUCUUUUUGGGGUCAUAUUGACAACAGGCUGGAAAUGGCUAGCCACUUGUCAGCUAUCAGUGAGGGAAUUGGACUGAGAAUAUCUGUUUUGAGUUCACUGUGCCUUCCUCUUUAUGAGCCAAACAUGGCCCAUAUCUGACCAUUCAAGCCAUUCCUUCCUUGGUUGGUUCAGAGUAUCUGUCUUGAUUAUCAAUCACAUGUGCGGGAAAUGCAACACUUCUAAAUAGUGGAGAACGUCAGGAGGGAGGGAGUUGAGAGGAAGGAGACUUUUCUUUUCAGUUUUAAAAGUGGGCUCUCUUCUGCUGCACUUGUGACUCUUAUCUACACCUUUAUCUUUUAGCACUUUUAACUUUCACUUGUUUGUUUUUUACUUACCUUAAAAUGUAUUGAUGCCUGGCGGUUUGGUUGUUAAAAUAAUGUUAAAAUAAAUAAAUCCCUUCUGUAAAAGCAUGCAUUGAGCCAGCAUUGAGCCAGUUCCAAGACAGUAACAUAAAAAAAAUGAAAAAGAAGAUAUUUGCAGGGUAAUCUAGUGUUCCUAAAUACUGUAAAGUGCCUGAGAAUUGUAUUACAGUACAACAUAAUUUUUUUUAAGACUAAACUACCUUGGCUUGUAAGUAAUAAGACGUCAAGGAGAGAGGGUUGUGGGUCACUGCAGUGUUGCCAUGUCUGUGUUGUGGUACACGUGAGGCUGCUUCCUCCGAAUCCCAAUACUUUCUUCCAUUUAAGGGCAAUCGGGAUGAAAGACAAAAUCACUUUGGAACCAGCUGUAAAUAUGCCAAGAAUGAUCAACUCCUUCCUAGCAGCUACCCCUUAUGUGUUUACACGUUCCCAUGACACAGUUGUGUACCAGCAAGCCAUCUUCUAGGCUUCAGAAGCCUUCUGCUUCAGUGUUGAAGUCUCAAUGUCCUUCGGGUCCCAGUCUAGAGUAUGUAGGUUAUGUUGGAUAGUGUUGUGAACGUGUGUUUGAAAGCGGUCCUAUGUUGCUUCAGCUGUGCCAUGUUUGACCCUGUCUGGGUUUUGGUCCAAACAGACUAACCCCAUGGACCAUUUGGAGGAAAUGUCCCAGGCAAACCGCUUAAUGACGCAUAAUGUGCAAUCCUACGGAAUGAAAAUUUCCUUUUCCUGCAGUGUUUUCUUUACCAUGCUCUGAUAUCAAUCUGAAAAUGUCUAACCAGUGAUCCGCUUUGCUAGAGUGAGUCCAAUGAAAAAUACUGACCAGUGUACCAACUUAAUAUUUAAAAUAGUCCUUUAUGCACUGAUUGAAAACUAAAUUGCUCCCUUUGUUUUGUCUAGUCCCUUGUAUGAUUGCUCUGUGUGAAGUGCAUAUUUUAAUCUUCGAUGUGCUAGCUUUUCUUUUGCCCUCCACCCCCUUGGUAUUAACUUUAACAGCCUUUUUUCUCUCCCCUGCACAUUUCCUGUCCUUUUCCUGCUUUUUGAUAACGUCAUCAAGCUGCUCUCUCUCUUCUGCUCUCAUGUGGUUUGUGAAACAAAAGCAGGAACUUGACCUCAGAGUCCCGGUUGGAAGGUCUUCCUGUAAGCACCCCAGACAUACCUAACACUAUUCUCAGGAAGAGAACAGAGAAACGGUGUUAAGUCCGGCUGUUUCCCCCAUGCUAAGCAGGACCAUUCCAAAGUAGCUGACAGGACCAGUCCCCUUGGCCGCCAUCAGAGGAGCCAUCCAACCAUGGGCCCCGUCAUGGACUGGUGACAUGGAGCUGAAGGUUUGGGUGGACGGGGUGCAGAGGGUGGUCUGCGGGGUCACCGAGGCCACCUCCUGCCACGACGUGGUCAUCGCCCUCGCCCAGGCCAUAGGCCGCACUGGGAGAUACACUCUAGUGGAGAAGUGGAGGGACUCCGAGCGCCUGCUGGCCCCCCACGAGAGCCCCGUGUCCUCCCUCAACACCUGGGGCCAGUAUGCCGGGGACGUCCAGCUCAUCCUGCUCCGCACAGGGCCCUCCCUCACAGAGCGGGGCCCCUCAGAAGGCCCCCCUCUGAGGGGCCCCGAGCGGGGGCCGCUCCGCCAGAGCCUCCCGCCGCUGGCUAAGCUCCGCCCCCCCAACGAGCGCUCCAUGCGCCGCCGCGAGCCGCGCCGCAAGUCGCUGACCUUCAGCGGGGGCCCCAGGGGCCUGAGAGACAUCCUGAGUGGAGGCAGGCCCGGGGAGGCGGAGGCCAAGAGGAGGCUCCUCCUGGGGGCCGGCGGCGGCGGGGGCCAGCCGCAGACGGCCGGGCCCCUGGGGGCCCUCUGGGCCUGCCGCGUGGAGGAGCUGGUGCGGCUGGUGGGGCUCCAGGGGGAGACGCUGGGCCGGCUGGAGCAGAGGCUGGCCUCCCACGAGGCGGAGCUCCAGGGCUGGGGGGAGCGAGGGGGCCACGGCGGGGACAGAGACGGUGGAGGAGGGCUGACGGAGGAGAUCCUGAGGCUGGAGAGACGUCUGAGGAAGAACAAGGUGGAGGUGGAGGAGGAGGACUUCUGGGCGAGCGAGCUGCAGAUUGAGCUGGAGAACGAGCGGCAGCUGGAGGAGCGGCUGCAGGAGCUGCGGCGGCGGCUGCUGGGCUGUGAGCGGGACGUGGGGGAGAAGAUGGGGCUGGUGGGGUGUGUUGAAGCCGGCCUGGAGGAGGAGAGGCAGCAGCGGGAGCGGCAGGAGAGCCAGAGGCUGAGCGAGGCCGAGGCCCGGGCCCAGGCCCUCAGGGCCCGCGCCGACCUCAAGGCCCAGGACCGCCAGGCCCUCCAGCUGGAGAGCAGCUGCCGCGCGGUGGACCGCUCUCUGGGCCAGAGCAGCAGGAGGCUCCAGGACAUGCAGCAGGACCUGGAGCAGCUCACCAAGGAGCUGCGGCAGGUCAACCUGCAGCAGUUCAUCCAGCAGACGGGCACCAAGGUCACCGUGCUGCCAGCGGAGCCCGGGGACCCACCGGCCCCCGGGAGCCCGCCGGGCCCCGGCGACCCGCCCGACCCCCCGGCCCCCGGCCACAGCAUCGAGUUGGGAGCUCUCUGUGGUUCCCUGAAGCGUCCCCUGUACUCCCACCCGGUACCCGGUCGCCUCCGGGUCCUGCACAGCCCUCUGAAGUCUGGUCUGAACCCCGAAGGGAUCUAUGUCUGAGGCCCGGCCCGCAGUGGGUGGGAACAGCAUCCGCCCGCGUCUCUUCUCAACUCCCCCAAUGCCAGAACCCCUUACGAGACUCUUGGUCCAACAUACCUCAGUCCCUCUCCUAUGCACCGAUCUGCUCCCUCAGCCCCUCAUGCCCCUACCCACUGGGACCUGGAACAGGCUCAGCUGAUGAAGGGUAGGCUGAUGUUAUAUGAAAGCUCCUCCGCAGGGGGGUUAGAAAACAACCGCAUGACGAUGAGACGGCAGUGCUCUGCAUUGCUUUGACCGCAGCAUGAAUGUGUAUCUCUUGGAAGUGUGUGUUCUGGAGUUGCGCCGGCUUUCCAAACUUUUCCACACGCCGUAGUUCCCAGUGGCGGUUUUAGGCACGGUCGAAACAGCAUUAUUUCAUGACACAAGCACUAAAAAACAUAUUAUCAUGCGCCGCAAAGCGGUUUCCUAUGAUCUAUCAUAUCACUGUGUUGGGAAUUGGCAUAUUGGUGCCCCCUCCGUUUGCAGGCGGCCCUGCUUGCUGAGAAGGUGCCGUGCACAGCAGCUGUGUGAGAAGGAGAAGGGGGUGCGGGGGACAUGUCACCUCUGCGUCUUCCCAAAUGGAACAGACAUGGGGGGGAACGGGGGAUCCACUGUCCGCGGAUUGAAAUCCUUAUUGAAGCCUGCAGGGUUAUGCGUUAACCAUACGGAGGAACGCAAUCGCUGAGCUGCCCUGCCCCAACAUUGCAUGAGACUUUAAACUCAUUUACAAUCGCCGCCCAGCAUUAUCCGAAAUUUGAUGUCAACAGACCAAAAAUAGUCGGAAAGCCUACAGAAACUAUAGAUAGUUAAUGUGACAAUCACAUUAUUAAAAUUACUCAGAGCAAUGAUUUACUAACUAUUUUUUGGGAGCAUGCUUUUGCAAAUAGUUUGCCGCCCCACCUGCCCAUAUGGACGGCACGCGUCAAGUAGGCCUCGAAUUUCUUGCAAUUGCGAAAUAUAAGUUUGGGGGCUGCUCGAAGGGGGUCUCCCCCGGGGGGGUUCAAUGUAGAACCGCCACUGGCCCCCUGGUGUGCCUGCUGAACGGCCGGCACGGGGCCACGCCUGCAUGGUCAAUCUAAACCUAUCCGCGAAUAGCAAGCGGUAGCAAGCCAACCAGGAUGUUUCUGUAUUGUAGAAGGAGCGAUGCCACCAAGGACAUUAUUGACUAGGACCAGUUACCUAUGCACAAAUGGCAAAUAGUUUGGUUACUGAGGAAAACUAUUAUUUCCAAUUGAAGUACCAGAAUUCUUGUUUACUUUUUUUAUCCAAGUUUUAUCCACAUUCACAUUUAUUUAGCCAAAUACUAUGUUAUGAAGCAAUGCAUUUACAAUGAAAUGUAUAGCUAUACAAUGUCUUUAGUAUCUCCUGCAAUUAAACUGUGUUAUUAUUUUUGAAGAUAACUCUAUGGUUUAUUUUAGCCAUUUUUAUUCUUGUUAAUCUGUGAAGAUGGUUCGCCAAAGACUAUAUGGGCUUGUUGCAUGUGUUGUUGAUGUGGCCAUAUUUGGAUGUUCCUAGAGCAACUGUACCUUCAACGUUAGAUGUUAAACCUGAAGGUGUGUGUGUGUGUGUGUGUGUGUGUGUGUGUGUGUGUGUGUGUGUGGUUUUAAGAAGUGACUAAGCAGCUAUUAAGUAUAAACACAAGUGCCUUAUUUUCAAUGUAGAGAGUGAAAACCGUUGUACUUCAUAUAUAUAGACAAAGCACAUGUCUAUCACAGAUGCUUGUAUCAGAUACAUGAUUGUUUCCAAAAUGUAAGUAAGCGAUGACAUAAAGCAUACAAACAAAGGAAUGAUCUCACAGCAGUAUUAUUCAGAAGAAUCCGUUCACAGCCUUGCACUCCACAAAGGUUAGCCAGCUUAUGACGUCCCUUUCCAACUGGUUAAGAUUGUUCCUAUGAUAAGUGCUGCCACACUGAAUUGACAUAUACUACACCUUGAUGUCAUCGUAGCGUAACACUCUGGUCCCUCCGGACGGGGCACCACAGGGAUGCCCCGCCGUGGGGGUCCGGGUGGGGCACCACAGUGUGGCCCUGCCGUGGGGGUCCGGAUGGGGCACCACAUUGGGGGUCCGGAUGGGGCACCCCAGUGUGGCCCUGCCAUGGGGGUCUGCUCCACGACUUGUGCUCUCCUCCUGUAUGAUGUCAAAAUGUACAACUCUUGUUUCUUCUGCCUUAAUGUCCAGCAAAGUGUUGACCGGUGAUUGGCUGAGUGCCUGCUGAUGUAACGAGGCAUGGUUUAAUAAAAAUGUUGUCAUCAACAAAUGCGUUUAUGUUUCAAGAGCACUUUCUUUCCUGGUUCACCAGUAGAGGGAACCCUUUCACCAGUGAUCACAGACCCAGAGACGGUGGCGAGCUUAACACGUUCAAACCAAAUCUGGAGUACAUAUUUUUUGUAAUUUAAAACAUGAUUAUGAAAAUGAUAGCUGUAAAUGGCUCUGUCCAAUUGCAUGUUGACAUAGAUGCAGUGUUGUGAAUGUUUGCCACAAUAUUCAACUUUUAGUCAUUAAUGGAUAUAUAAAACACUUUUCUCUAGAGAUAAACAAAAGUUAAACUUGAAGAAGUAAGUUGAUUCAUUCUUUCAUGUGAUGGAUAUCAUUCCUUAAAGAAGAAAUCUUGGAAACUUAAAGCAGGGUGAUUAAAAACAUCAAAGGGUAAACCAGUUGAGGGUAAAAUCCAUCCUGAAUGAUCCCCAUUAAGGAUGAGAUGAGCCAAGAGCUCAAUCCCUUUGUGUUGAACUGUGGGAGAAUGAGAGUAAUCCUUCCUCCCUCGGUCACAUGACAACCUGCAUAAAACCUUGGCUUACUGUACAUUCUUCAACGUGUU